GGACAAACCAGCCAAUGAUUCAAGAGGAAAGCUGCUGCAAAUGUGUUACUUCCAGCAGCAGCCCUGUACUCAGGGUGCAAUGCUUCCAGAUUUCUGAGAGCCCUGAAGAGUAUAGGAAUGGUGUGCCCUUCUUAUCGUUACCACCACGCUGUACAUACCUCUCUUCUGAUUCCGACAAUCACUAAGGUCUGGACUAAGCAUCAAAACCUGCUUUUUGAAGAACUUGCUGGGAAGCCACUGCGUGUUGCUGGGGAUGGAAGGGCUGAUUCGCCGGGUCACUCUGCCAAGUAUGGCACUUACUCACUAAUUGACAUUGACCGCAACAAGGUCUUGCAUGUGGAAACUGUGCAGUCUAAUGAAACAAAGGGCAGCAGCAACAUGGAGCUCGAGGGCCUCAAAAGGUCUCUCACCAUUCUUGAAGCAAAUGGCAUGGUGAUUGACGUCAUGGUGACUGACCGACAUUCCCAAAUUAAGGCGUUUGCUGCUAAAGAGGGAACUUUUGAACACAACUAUGACUGUUGGCACGUUGCUAAAUCGCUAAAGAAGAAGCUCACUGCCGCUGGGAAGCUAAAAAAGUAUAACGGCAUUCAGCCUUGGAUAAAAGGCAUUAUUAACCAUGUAUACUGGUGUGCAGUAUCAAGCGAAGGCAGACCGGAUUUAAUUUUGCCGAAGUGGUGUUCGCUGGCACGUCAUAUUGCUGAUGUGCACUGCCACGAUGACCCCCUGUACGAAUAGAGCCAAUAUGAUCAGCAGUAA